AUAAUCCCCGGCCCGCUGGAAGCCGAGAGACACCGCAGCUGCCCGGGGCGGCCAGCGCGACCCCAGCCAGGGGGAGGGGUGGGCAGCGCAGGGACCCACCCUCCCAACGACCAGCCCCAGCCUCCCGCCCCGCUCAGCACCCGCCCAGUUCAGCCCCCGCUUUCUCCCGCCGGGUGCGACUGGAGAGGCAAAGCGCGGCCACCGCGGCGAGCGGGAGGGAUCCGGGCUGAGCAGGGGCCGCUCCCCGCCUUGCCCGCCGGCGCGGGACGCUGCGUGUGUCUCAGGUGGGCAGAGGCUGCGGAACUUCCCGGGAAGCGCGAGCGGGAGCGAGACGGAGGCGGCGGCCGCAGCAGGAGGGGAUGGUGGUUGGCACCCGCCGGAGGACAGCAGCCCGCUAAUGUCAACAUGAUGUCACCUGUGAGUGAUAUGUGGUACUAUCACUGGAAACGGAAGCUGCCGCACUUUCUGUAUUUAUUUACUAUCUACGUGAUAUGUGUGCAGGAUUUGGUUCUUGGAUGCUCUGACUGCAGGAUAUCGCUGUCCAACCCCACGGGAAUCUUCACGUCUCCCUGCUUUCCCAGUGAUUACCCUAACAGCCAAGCAUGCAAGUGGACCCUCCGAGCUCCUCCUGGAUUCAUCAUUCAGAUAACAUUUAUUGAGUUUGACAUUGAAGAAGCUCCAAACUGCAUUUACGAUUCAUUAACUCUAGAUACUGGAGAGAAUCAGGUUAAGUUUUGCGGCGUCACUGCCAAAGGAUUAUCAUUUAACUCCACUGGAAAUGAAAUGAUAGUAUCUUUUGCAAGUGACUUUAGUAUCCAAAAGAGAGGCUUCAAUGCCAGCUAUAACCGAGUUGCUGUUUCUCUGAGGAAUCAGAAAGUCAUCAUCCCCCAAACUUCAGAUGUUGACCCUGUGUCUGUGGCAAAAACUGUCCCAGUGCCAGAGCUUAGCCAGUUCACACUCUGCUUUGAAGCAACCAAAGCCAGCAAUGCUGCCAAUGACUGGAAGGCUUUCUCCUACAGUGAUCCUUUGUCAACAGAACUCCUCAGUUUUGGAAAGACUACAAAAGGCCACUUCCUAUCAAUCUCAGGCACAGAGUGCAUACUAGACAGUGUCCUCAUCACAAAUUCAGAUGGAGAUUUUUUCACAGAAACUUUUGAACAAUUGUGCAUAGUAUGGGAUGGCUUCUCUGGCAUUAUAGGUGUAAAUGGCAAGAGCAUCUAUCACACAGUUCUCUGCUCAGGUACCUUUGGCCAGGUUAUCCCCGGCAAUGGAAGAUUGGUGUUGGGCUCUGACAGCAAUGAAAUAAGCUCUUUAAAUGGGGAUAUAUACAACUUUCGUCUUUGGAACUUCACCAUGAGUUCCCAAAAGCUGUCCAACCUCAGCUGUGAUGUGAAAGGAAACAUUGUAGACUGGGAAAAUGACUUCUGGAGUAUCCCAACUUCAGCAUUGAAAGCGGAAAACAACUUAAGCUGUGGCUCAUACCUAAUUCCCCCACCUACAACUGAACCAACUAGUUGUGAAAAUCUUGGAAGCCUUUGCCAAGCUACUACUGUAAAUGCUACUACUCCUCCACCACCCACUGUCACCACUAACAUGCCCGAUACUAAUAGAACCGAUAAGCCAAACGAUGGGGGGCUAUUCUACAGGAUUUCCAUUACUGUCUUCAAAUACAAGUCCAUUUUAGAGUCAAAAGUACAGAGUGUGGUGGCCGAAUGGCUAAAUAAGACCUUCCAGAACUGGAAUUAUACCGUGUAUGUGGUCAAUAUCAGUGUUCAGCCAACCACUGUGAACGAACUGACAAGGGAGAAAAGAAGCUUCCCUGAUCAAAGAUUGGUGGUUUGGGCUCUUCUGGUUUACAACUCUACCAACAACAUCAGCUUAGAAGAGCAAGCCAUCCGGCAGAAACUCAUAAGCAAUAAUGAAACCAUAGGGGAUGGACUGAGGGUCCAUACAGUGGAUGUUGAUCCAGUAGAAAAAUGUACAGCUGAAGAAAACCCUCCAAACUAUUUCUGGCCAGAUACCAGGCCCACUGUAACCAACUUUACAUUGUGCCAUGGCAGCUCAGUCCAGAUUGCAUCAAGAACAUGUUUUUUAAACCCGCACAACUAUACAUCAUACUGGGGCCAACCUGAUCUUAGAAAUUGCACAGAAAAUGCAGCUGAUAUAGCCAAUCAACUUCUGAACCUCACUGGUGAAGGGCAGCAGCUGACCUCAGACAAAGUCAAUGAUGUUGUGCAGAAACUUAAAAAAAUUGUGAAUGAUGAAGAAAUUGAUGAGUCUUUGGGUUCUACUGUGGUGACAAUUUUUUCCAAUAUUUUAACAAGUUCAGACAGUGUUUUGGCAGCAUCAUCUUCUGAAGCUUUAAAAACUAUUGAUACCUUAGCCUUAAAGAUUCAGUUCACUGGACCAUCCAUGAGCAUCUCAACUCGGAACUUGGCACUUGGAGUUUCUUCUAUUAAUUCAACUUCAUUUAGUGGAUCCUCCUUCAGUGUUGGUCCCCAGAACAAUGCUUCAGAUUUUCAGUUAGAUUUUGACAAGAAUCAGGAAAAUGCCCUGGCUUCUGUUGUUCUGCCCUCAAGUUUACUGAAGAAUUUAAGUCAAGAUGAGUUUGAAGCUGUAUCUAGGGCUCAGUUUACAUUCUUCAACAAAAAUGGACUUUUCCAGGAUGCAGAAAUGAAUGCCAAUUUAACCAGUUUUGUAGUGGCAUGCAGUAUUGGAAAUGUUACCAUCCGGGACCUUCAGGAUGCUGUCAAAAUUACAAUUAAACAUACCCUAUUCCAGGAGGAUCUUAAUCCUACCUGCGUCUUCUGGGAUAUGAACAAAAACAAUGGUAAUGGUGGUUGGAACCCCACAGGCUGCAUUGCACAAGCAGAAUCAAGUGAGAAUGAGACAGUUUGCUUAUGCAGUCACCUCACACACUUUGGGGUGCUGAUGGACCUCCAGGGAACUGCUUCACAAAUAGAUCCACAAAAUAACAAAGUCCUCACCUUUAUCACCUACAUUGGUUGUGGGAUAUCUGCCAUAUUUUCAGCUGCAACUCUUCUGACAUAUAUUGCUUUUGAGAAGUUACGAAGAGAUUACCCUUCCAAAAUCUUAAUGAACUUGAGCACAGCCUUGCUCUUUCUCAACCUGGUCUUCCUGCUGGAUGGUUGGAUAGCAUCAUUCAACAUAGAAGGCCUCUGCAUAGCUGUUGCUGCCCUUUUGCACUUUUUCCUUCUGGCCACCUUUACCUGGAUGGGACUGGAAGCAGUCCACAUGUACAUUGCUCUAGUAAAAGUGUUCAAUACCUACAUACGGCGAUACAUACUGAAAUUUUGCAUUAUUGGCUGGGGUUUACCAGCUCUAGUGGUCACAAUUGUAUUAGCAAGCACAAAUACAAAUGCAAGUCGUGUUUAUGGCAAAGAUUUAUAUGGCAGAGAUGCUAAAGGGCAAGGAGGAGAUGAUUUCUGCUGGAUCAAGGAUAAGGUUGUCUUUUAUGUGACUUGUGCUGGUUACUUUGGAAUUAUGUUUCUUAUGAACAUAGCCAUGUUCGUGGUGGUGAUGGUGCAGAUCUGCGGGAGGAAUGGGAAAAGAAGCAAUCGGACCCUGCGGGAAGAGGUCCUAAGGAAUCUUCGUAGCAUGGUCAGCCUGACCUUCCUGUUGGGCAUGACAUGGGGUUUUGCCUUUUUUGCCUGGGGCCCCUUAAAUCUCCCUUUCAUGUACCUCUUCGCAAUAUUCAAUUCAUUGCAAGGUUUAUUUAUAUUUGUAUUCCACUGUGCUAUGAAAGAGAAUGUGCAGAAACAAUGGAGGAGACAUCUCUGCUGUGGCAGAUUCCGAUUGGCAGACAACUCAGACUGGAGCAAGACAGCAACUAAUAUUAUAAAGAAAAGCUCAGACAAUCUUGGGAAAUCCUUGUCCUCCAGUUCUAUUGGUUCCAACUCAACCUACUUGACAUCCAAAUCUAAAUCCACUUCAAAUACAUACUUCAAAAGAAACAGCCAUACAGACAAUACUUUUGUUGACAAGUCCGCAUCAAAAUUUGCCCAAAUGGAUGGAGAGCAGACACCAAUCAUCCCAGUCCAUCAGGUUAUUGACAAAGUCAAGGGGUACUGCAGUGCUCACUCAGACAACUUCUAUAAAAAUAUCAUGAUGUCAGACACAUUCAGCCAUAGCACAAAGUUCUGAUUGGGUUUCUGAACUUCUGAACCACAGAGACAACACGCAGCCUGGAGAUUCUAAACAAUGGAGUACUUGGAGACUGAGUGGGGAGAAUUGUAUUACCAGAUGUAGUCAUUUUUCCCAUGGUAUAUUGUCAUCCUCUUAACAGCUUCUUCUUGAGAAAAGGUUUUUUCACCAUUAAGAGAGUCAGUCAUUUAGUAUUGAUACUGACAUUUUCCCACCAUGAAAUAAAGACUGUUUUCAAACACCAGCUGUAUGCCAGCCAACAGGAUACUGGGACAGCUAAUUUAGGUGUGAUCCUAUGUGUAUAUUUGCAAAACUGAAGAAGUUCCAUAAGCCCAUCUCUCAAUAAUGUCAGAUCUGAAUGGGUACAAGACUUGGGUCUGUUAGAGAAAACAGGAGAAGUAUCCCACAGUACACACAAGCUCUUGGAUGCAGCUUUCUUAGUCGGACUCUUCUUCAUGAGAAAUGUGGAUUUUCCUGACCGUAUUUGCUAAACUCUUAAUGUUUAGGUGUCCAUUGCUGACAGUGUUUUCCACAGGUGAGGAAAACCCUAACUUCAGUGUCAAAGGUUAUUUUGACCAAAUGAAUAAGUAAAUCUCCAGGGCUAACCACACAAAGAAUAUUGGAUCUAAAUAUUGCAUACAGAAACUAGUCUGUAAACGCUGGGCCACAUUGUAUCUAUGUGCACAGAAAAGCACAUACAUGCGCACCAGGAUUUGCUUGUGAUAAGGGUGUGCAAGCCCCGGAGAACCCUCCUGCAAAUUUUAAGCCCAUACCUGUGUGUGUGGUUUCAGUUGGUGCAGCAUCACUAAAUAACCUAAUUCCAGACUUUACACAGAGGCAUACGUUUCAAUAUUCAUUGAUGUACAAAAAAGCAACACUUCCCAUUGUAACCCCCACAUUGGUAUGUGUGAGCCCAUGCGGAGUGCUCAUGUUGGUCAAGUGAAAUGGGAGUUGUUAGCAUGUACAUUCAUAGCAAAUAUUACAAAGGACCCCUCACUUUGUAAAUCAUAUAGUGCUAUAAAUUUAUCAGUUACAAUACAUUGCAGAUCCCUUGUAAGCCCACACGUUAACUUGUCCAUUUUCUAUAUUGUGGCCAUAUUGCGUGUACAGAGAACUUCUGUCACAUGACAUUGCAAUUUGUGAAGGCUCUCAAGGUCACACUACAUUACACAAUAGCAUUCAGCAUCUACAUGUGGACUUGCAUCAUCCAUAUCUUCAAGCUUUCACUGGCAUCAGCUGAUUAAACUAAAUAUAGAUCUGUACUGUUUGAGAUGCAAUGACCAAGCAACGUAAACUGAGUUCUGUAUCAUUGUGCUAUGCACAGAAGCGUGUGCAGAAGACAAAGAAGAACAUAAAAUACUUUACUUUUCCAAGCCAUGGCGCAAUAUGGCCAUUUCUAACCCUAUUAUCAAAAGUGUACAACUAUUCUUAAAAAUAUGCAGAAACCAGGGCCUGCUCUAGGUUUUUUGCCACCCCAAGCUCAGGUGGGGCUGGGGCUCACAGGCGGCGCUGGAAGCGGAGGGAGUGACGUCACCUUCUCCCAGGGCCUGCAGGGGCUUUCCCCCCUCCCCCGCCCGGCCGCGCCGACAAGCCCCGAUAUAAGGGGUGGCACAAGGCAGCACAGCAGCCAGUGCGCAGAUGCGGUGGCGCAGCCCCAGCAGGGCUCGCCCUCUCCUCCCCAGGUAGUGGCUGGGCCCUGGCAGCUCAGAAUCCCGGGGCUGGGGCUUCCCCUUCCCACUGAGGCCAGGGGUGCGGUGCCCUCGCCCCGUCUAAGUGGCGCAGCUCCAAGAGCGCAACUGCCCCCCGCAAAAAAGGGUGGCCGGAUGCUGCCCCUGGAAAUGGGCCGCCCCAAGCACGUGCUUGCUUUGCUGGUGCCUCGAGCCAGUCUUGGUAGAAACCCAUGCCAAAUUGUAAAACACCUGUAAAUGCACAUUUCAUUUAAAAUGUCAGCAAUAGAGCUGGCCAGAAAAUGGGAUUUUUCCAUGAAAAUUCAAAAAAAAAAAUUUAAAAAAAUGAAAAACAUUUUCCCCAAAAGACCAUUUUUCAUCAAAUUAUUUUUACCUAAAAAUUUCAAUCAGUUUUGUUCAUCACACUUCCACAAACCACUGGUCUGAUGUCAUACAGCUAUUGAUUCUCAGUUAAGAAGCAAUUAGAUGUUCAGUAACAGGGUAUUUGGAUUUGUACCUUUAUGGGCUCUUUGCAUCCACUUGUUUAUAAAGAUCAUUUUAUUCUGUGCCCACACAAAGGGAAUAUUAUCCUUAACUAUAAACACCUUGAUCACUCCAGGGGAGAAAUAUAUUUUAAUCACAUUCAAUCCUAAAACACUAUUGUGAAGUAAAAGUCCUAAAAAUUACCUGAUCAAACCUUUUUCAUAUUAGAGCAAAAUCCUUUCAUGACUGUAUAAGCUAAAUUCAUCCCUAUUGACUUCAAAUGUAAUUAUACUAGGGAUGAAUUUGGUCAAAUACUUUUAUCAAGGGAAAGAAUUUAGGGAAAAUUUAUGUGUGAGCAUUUACAGAACUUGUAUAUUAUCAUCCUACCUGCCUCCUGCAGUAGAUAAUAGUUUUCAGAUAGUAGCUUACUGUGAGAUUUCUACCUGUCUAGGAUGUUCUACAGUGACGAGAAGGAAAAGAAAAUAUUUCUGGACAUUGAGGAAUUAAUGAAACACAAUCGUUCAAUAAAAUAUGAAGUAAAAGAAGUAUCCUGGCUGAAGCCUAGCUGUAACCUAACCAACAGAUUAAUGUACAGUUGCCUAUAUUUUUGCUAAAUUAAGAAUUUGCUCUUUUUUUACUACCAUGUAGUAGUCCUUAACUGUCUAUGUCAGAUGUUCUUGAAUGCUCUCACUUUUGCAAUGUAAAAUCUCUACUUUGUUGUUGAUGUAACAACCUCCCUUGUAUAUACUUAUUUAUUUGUGAGGUUAAAUAUGUCAACAUAUAUGUUAGCUCCAUAAUCUCUGUCCUUGUUAUUUUAAGCUUCUGAUUCAUCAUAGGAGGAGAGGGAAAGAAUAAUCUCUCAUACUUUUUCCAAAAUUGUGAAAUAGUUUACUGUAGUUGUAUCUUUUACCAAUAUGAGGGAAAAAUGACAGUAAUUUGAAAUAUUAGUUAGUGGAAGUUAGUGUAACUGAUUUAAAGAUGGACUAAAGUGGAAAGAAAUAUUUUUCAAAUAAAUAUUCAUGUUAUUAGUGUUACAAAGAAUUAAAAUAUUUUAAUAAUGACUUUUUCUUUCUUACAGUUCAAUGAGAAAACAUUGUUUGGUGGAAUGUUGGAAAAUAAGCUGCCGCUUAUUCAGUAUGUGCACUGGGGUUUGCAUAGCCAAAACUCUGGGAAUAAAUCCACUUCAGCCGGGAA